AUGGCAACCUCAGUAGAGGAGGUUCAGGCCUUGGGGACCACACCCUACGACUAUGAGUUUGCACUGCCAUGUGAAAAAGUCAGUAUCAAGGAGCUGGGUGCCCAGUUUCUGCCUCCUCUAUAUUCUCUGGUGUUCAUCAUGGGCCUCUUGGGCAAUGUCAUGGUGAUAGUGAUCCUCACAAAAUACAGGAGGCUAAGGAUUUUGAGCAACAUCUACCUGCUCAACUUGGCCGUUUCUGACUUGCUGUUCCUCUUCACUCUUCCAUUCUGGAUUCACUAUGUUGGAUGGAAUAACUGGGUUUUUGGCCACGGCAUGUGUAAGCUUCUCUCCGCCCUUUAUAACAUGGGCUUGUACAGUGAGAUCUUCUUCAUCAUGCUGAUGACAGUCGACAGGUACUUGGCCAUCGUCCAUGCUGUGUUUGCCCUUCAAGCCAGGACUGUCACUUUUGGUGUCAUCACCAGUAUUGUCACCUGGGGCCUGGCAGGGCUAGCAGCCCUCCCUGAAUUUCUCUUCCAUGAGUCCCAAGAGCUGUUUGAAGAGUCCGUCUGCAGCCCUGCUUACCCAGAGGAUGGGGCAGAAAGCUGGAAGCAUUUCCACGCUCUGAGAAUGAACAUUUUGGGGCUUGCUCUCCCUCUGUUCGUUAUGGCUGUCUGCUACUCAGGUAUCAUCAAAACAUUGCUGAGAUGCCCCAAUAAAAAAAAGUACAGGGCCAUCCGGCUCAUUUUUGUUAUCAUGGUGGUCUUCUUCAUUUUUUGGACACCCUACAACCUGGUUCUCCUUCUCUCUGCUUUUCAAAUGAUCUUUUUUGGUAACAGCUGUGAGCAAAACAGACACCUGGACCUGGCCUUGCAGGUGACGGAGGUGAUAGCCUACAUGCAUUGCUGUGUCAACCCAGUGAUCUAUGCCUUCGUCGGCGAGAGGUUCCGGAAGUACCUGCGCCACUUUUUCCACAGGCACGUGGUCAUGCACCUGGAGAGAUACAUCCCAUUUCUCCCUAGUGAGAAACUGGAAAGAGCCAGCUCUAUCUCCCCAUCAACAGGAGACCAAGAACUCUCCGUUGUGUUUUAGAUUAGCUGCAGAAAAUUGCUUAAAGAGGAUGGGCUAACAUGUUAAGUCAGCCGCCUUUACAUCUACACUUUUACCUUCAAACAGUACGAUGCUGAAGUUCUUGAAGACAUUGAAAUAUGUACACAAAGGUGGCGGUAUAUGCAUUACUCAUCACCAGCCUUGAAAAGCAGAGCUUUGCUUGAGUCUCUGAAGUGUUACAUAAACUUUGAUGCACACAAAUGUUAGUUACUACAUGCAGCUACAAAAAAGUAAAACUUUAUAUUUCAAACUUUAACUUCAGCAGCUAUUGACAUAAAUGAAGCAUUUCACAAAAUACAAUUAAGCUGAAAUCAAGGUGUUAGAUGGGGAAAAAAAUACAAGUCAAUUACUUUAUGUCCUAAUGUGGCUGACUCUUUCCUUACUGGAUGAAAGCUUUUACU